AUGGCCCCCACGCAGACGGUGCUGGUCUCCCUCCUCCUCGCACUGCUUCCCGCCACCGCCAUGGCGCAAACCAGCAGCUCCGACUUCGACGACGAGUACAACAGCACCAAGCAAACGGUCAGCACCGGCAUCAUCGUCACCAUCGUCAUCGUCGUCCUGUUCGUCGUCGGCGGCCUCGCGUCCAUUGUCGUCUUCUGCUGCGUCAUACGCAGAAACAGAAAGCGCCGCCAGCGCCAGAGCAAGGAGAUCAGCGCCGCGAACCAGAAGGCUGCCGAGCGCCGUGCCCUCGAGGGCGGCUACCACGCUGCGCCCCAACAGGAGGAAGGCGCGCUCCAACCUUACCACUAUGGCCCUGCCGAGAUGGACGCCUACCAACCCCCGGUGGAGAUGGACUCGAGGGAGAGGGCAAAGGCCGAGAUGCCAUAA